CUGAUAUUCCUCCGACCACGUCUGUACACCGGUUUGUGAUUCAUAAGCUCUCCGACGGUUAACACCAUGACUGGUCGUGUUCUAGUCGGAGUUAAGCGGGUUAUUGACUACGCAGUAAAGAUCCGAGUGAAGCCUGACAACACCGGCGUUGUUACAGAUGGUGUGAAACACUCGAUGAAUCCUUUCUGCGAGAUCGCAGUGGAGGAGGCUGUCAGGCUGAAGGAGAAGAAGCUGGUGAAUGAGAUUGUGGCUGUGAGCUGUGGACCUCAGCAAGUGCAGGAGACCAUCCGCACAGCUCUGGCGAUGGGGGCAGACCGCGGCAUUCACGUGGAGGUUUCCGGAAAGGACUACGAGUCUCUCGGCCCUCUGCAGGUCUCCAAGAUCCUUGCUGCGUUAGCGAAAAAAGAGGAAGCGUCCCUCGUUAUUCUCGGGAAACAGGCCAUUGACGAUGACUGUAAUCAGACGGGCCAGAUGACGGCUGCUCUGUUGGACUGGCCCCAGGGGACCUUCGCCUCCGAGGUGACCUUCGAGGGAGAGAAACUGAAAGUGGUGCGAGAGAUCGAUGGAGGACUGGAGACGAUUAAAAUUAACACGCCUGCUGUGGUGACUGCCGACCUGCGCCUUAACACCCCCCGAUACGCCACACUGCCUAACAUCAUGAAAGCCAAGAAAAAGAAGAUCACCAACAUGAAGCCAGGUGACCUGGGAGUGGACGUGAGCUCUCGGGUGGAGGUGCUGCGGGUGGACGAUCCUCCCCAGAGGCAGGCCGGGGCGAAAGUAGAGUCAGUAGAGGAGCUGGUGAGCAAACUGAAGGAGGCAGGAACAAUAUAAGCGCCGAGGGAGCAGGCGGAGCAGUGCGCAUACUUCCUGGGGUCUUUUCUCGCUCUCUCUCUCUCUCUCUUUAUUAUUUUUUUUUGGUGUCGCCACAAUUUCCUUGAACUCCACCCUCCGCCGAGGUCCUUACAGUACCUCCACCUUCUCUCUGAUCAGCCAGCCGUCGCAGCGUCUGCUCAUCUCUGAAUACACAAACCAUCUUUAUUUCAACUCCUGGUCCUUCUGGCAAUUUAUCUGCUGUAUAUACACCUACACCGUCUGGUGUAGAGAGACUCAUUUUUUCCACAUGUUGAGUCAGAGUGCUGACCUAGAAUCACUUUUUGCUUCCUGUUUGAUUAUAUAAUGUGGAAUAGUUAAAAUUCUAAGAGAUCUUGUUUAUCUCUGACGGACUGCCGAUGUUGAAACAGGGAAAAUUUAUGGUGCUUUCAGCAUAGUUAACUUUUCCUAAUUAGCCCCAAGAUGUAAGCACGAAACAGUUCUGUUUGCUGCUGGCUUAUCCGUCAUACAACAGAUUUUUAUGAUAUCAGGGUGUCUUUGAUCCUACAUUCUUUAUUUAAAAAAAAAAAAACAACAACAACACCAUUUUAAUGUAGAUGAAUCACAUUUUAGGUGGAACAGUUAGCAUCUCUUAGCACGGACCAGGUCAGAAGAAAUGAGCUCUGGUUGUGUUUUUGAUUGUACAGUAUCCAACUUUGAAAAUAAAACCGAUAAAACUCA